UCAGCGACAGGGAGGGCAGCAAAACAAGGCAGCCUUUGGAGCGCACUGAACAUCAUUGCAUGAGAGUGUGGCGGCAGGAAGUGGCGGCAGCCUGGUGCUGGAGGGCCAGAAAGGAAGCAAGAGGCUUACAGGUCCUGUGUGACUCAGCUCCAUGGACCACGCUGUGUCACCGCCCUUCGUGGCCUCCAGAUCCUCUGCCUGAGGCACCCUGUGAUACUCUGAUACGGCUGUAGGCUUAGAUGGCCGUUGAUUUCCUAUUCCAGGAAAAGAAAAGCGUCAAAGGGUGCGGCCAAAGGAUUGUCCUCCGUGGCGGCCUCUGGGGAAGAAAUUCAGUGUUGGAAUCAGAGAAAAUGACUCAGGCGGCACAGCCUCAGAAGCUGAGCGGGGGCAUGCAAGCGGACGAAGGCACGGACUGGCUGUUGGAACUGCUAACCGAGGUCCAACUGCAACAGUAUUUCCUGCGCAUCCGCGAUGACCUCAACGUCACCCGGUUGUCGCACUUCGAGUAUGUCAAGAAUGAAGAUUUGGAGAAAAUCGGCAUGGGCCGGCCCGGUCAAAGGCGCCUCUGGGAGGCGGUGAAGAGGAAAAAGGCAAUAUGCAAACGGAAGUCCUGGAUGAGCAAAGUAAGUGCUGUGAAUGUGUUCAGCGGGAAGAGGCCUGACUCAGAGUUCCAGCCUCUGCCCCAGAGUGGACUGUGCAAAAGAUCCACUUCACCACCCCCAGACAACAGUCAGCAGCAGGCCCUCACUUGCCUGAUCAGCGAGAAGGACCUGGUGCUCUUUGAGAAGUUGGGAGACGGCUCCUUUGGGGUGGUGCGGCGCGGAGAGUGGUGCGCGCCCAGUGGCAAGACGCUUAACGUGGCUGUGAAGUGUCUUAAGACAGAUGUGCUGAGCCAACCAGAAGCCCUGGACGACUUCAUCCGAGAGGUCAACGCCAUGCACUCCCUGGACCACAGGAACCUCAUCCGCUUGUAUGGCGUGGUGCUUUCUAAUCCGAUGAAGAUGGUCACAGAACUGGCCCCGCUGGGCUCCCUGCUGGACCGGCUGCGCAAGAACCAGGGGCACUUCCUGAUCUCCACGCUCUGCCACUAUGCUAUCCAGAUCUCAAGAGGCAUGGCCUACUUGGAGUCCAAGCGCUUUAUCCACCGCGACCUGGCCGCCCGCAACAUCCUCCUGGCCUCCAACGACCUGGUCAAGAUAGGGGAUUUUGGCCUCAUGCGGGCCUUGCCCAAGAAUGACGACCACUACGUCAUGCAAGAACAUCGCAAGGUGCCUUUCGCCUGGUGUGCCCCUGAGAGCCUGAAAACCCGGACCUUUUCACACGCCAGCGACACCUGGAUGUUUGGAGUGACGCUUUGGGAAAUGUUCACGUAUGGACAAGAGCCCUGGGUUGGCCUUAAUGGCAGUCAGAUUUUGCACAAGAUCGACAAGGAAGGCGAGCGGCUGGCCCGACCAGAGGACUGUCCCCAGGAUAUCUACAAUGUCAUGUUGCAGUGCUGGGCACACAAGCCAGAAGACCGGCCGACUUUCGUAGCCCUGCGUGACUUCCUCUUAGAGGCCCAGCCCACAGACAUGCGCGCCCUGCAGGAUUUUGAAGAGCCGGACAAACUCCUCAUCCAGAUGAGCGAUAUCAUCACGGUCAUCGAGGGCAGGGCCGAGAAUUAUUGGUGGCGGGGUCAGAAUAAGCGGACGCUGAAAGUGGGCCAGUUCCCGCGCAACACAGUGACCUCGGUGGCGGGGCUGUCGGCCCACGACAUCAGCCAGCCGCUCAAAAACAGCUUCAUCCAUACGGGCCAUGGAGACACCAACCCCCAACAAAGCUGGGGCUUCCCUGAUAAGAUCGACGAACUGUACCUGGGAAAUCCCAUGGACCCUCCAGACAUCCUAGGUGUGGACUUGAACGCAGCUAGGCCCACGCAGCUUCCGGGAAGGGCAAAAAAGCCCUCGUACGACCCCGUCAGUGAGGAGGACGACCCCCUUUCCACGAACCUCAAGCGCCUUUGCCUGAAGAAGCCAGGCCUGCGCCUCGCUAAGCCAUCCGCCCGUGUCUCGGGCACCAAGGUGGGUGAGAGGUUGCUGCUGCCACGGCACAAGGGGAGCAGCGUGACGGGCAACGAGGUGACACUGAUAGACUUCGGAGAGGAGCCCGUUCCCACCACCCCCUCGCCUAUCGGCGAGCUCUGUGCGCCCUCGCUGGCCAAGCUGGCCAUGGAGGCUUUCUCCUUGUUGGACAAGACCCCCCCGCAGAGCCCCACACAGGCACUGCCCAGGCCCCUCCACCCUACUCCCAUAGUGGACUGGGAUACCCGGCCUCUCCCACUGCCCCCUGCCUACGAUGACGUAGCCCAAGACGACGACGACUUCGAGGUCUGCUCCAUCAACAGCGCAGAAGGGCUCGUUGGGCAGCCGAGCGGCCACGCAGCCUGGGAGAAGAAGGGGGAGACCAACUGCGGUUUUCUGUCUGAGAGCGACCACCCUGUGCUCCCACUGGAGGACAACCUCUUCCUACCGUCCAAGGAGGCCAAGCAACCCAGUCCUGCCCAAACUACCGAGCUUUUCCAGGAAUUGCAGAAGGAGUGCAUGAAGCGCCUCAACGUGCCCUCGGGGGCCGCUUCGGCAGCCUCUACCCCCAGCCCGGGGGAGGACAAACCCCAGAUCCCCCCUCGGGUGCCCAUUUUGCCCCGGCCCCUCCGUCGGAAUGAGCACAGUCGCUGGUCCGGGGAGCUGUCGCCGGCUUCCGGGGGCGAGGAGGACCGGCCGCCCCAGAUCCCUCCUCGAGACCCCUUAUCCCAGCCUGGCUCCAGGACUCCCAGUCCCAUGUCUCUUCCUGGUGGUUCCCCCCAACCAAGGUCCAUCCUGUGCUCUCCGCUCUCCAUGGGCUCGUAUCUGUCCACGUCUCCUGGGAAGCAGCCCAUGCCCACCACCCAGAGCUUCGCCUUGGACCCCAAGUAUGCCACCCCGAAGGUCAUCCAGGCUUCAGGCAAGGGACCUUGCAUCCUGCCCAUUGUGAAGGACGGCCGGAAGGUCAGCAAUACCCACUAUUACCUGCUCCCGGAGCGCCCGCCCUACCUGGACAAGUACGAGAAGUUCUUCAAGGAGGCCAAGACCCCCGAGGAAAAUCCACCGGCAGCCCGGGUGGUCACCACAGCUACGGUGCGGCCAAUGGUCCAGCAACAACCGGACUACAAAGCCAACUUCUCUUCCAACAACAGCAACGUCACCGUGAAGGCCUCCUGCAGUCUCCAGAAGAUAAUCUACGACGGUUCGGCUUCGGACAGCUCGAGGCCCUCUGAGAAGAUACGGCUGGUCCAGGAGACAGUGCAUGGCGUCACCACCGAGGAGUGCCAGGCCGCUCUGCAGAACCACGGCUGGAACGUGCAGAAGGCCGUCCAGUAUCUGAAGGUUGAACAGCUUUUCUGCCUGGGCCUGAAGACGAGGCUGGAGUGUCAAAAAGUCCUGGAGAUGUUCGACUGGAACCUGGAGCAAGCCAGCUCCCACUUGCUGGACCCCUACAGCGCCUUCCGACUCAAGCGGUGACCAUUGGCAGGAAACUGAAGCAUAGAUGUUUAACCCAUGGGGCUUCCCAUGGGUGGUGAUCCCCUGAGGACCCUCUUCCAGGCACACGGACCAAGAGGCAGCUCCGAGACGAAGAACGACAGAGCAGAGAGACAUGAAGCUGCAGCCGGGGCUGCUACAAACUGCUGGGCCCAAUCCAUAUGCCCCCCCCCAUGCCAGUGACUGACUGUAGACUCCCCUUCCCUCUGCAGAUGCAGGCGGCUCUCAGUUUGCUUGUAUUUCGAUCCCCUCUGCUUCCCACCUUCGUUGCUGUUUUAUUUUGUAAAGAGAAGUG